GGUUGGGAAAGGGAGCAGCGAUGUACAGCAGCUGGUUCCUGAAUGGCCUCCUCUGGCUCCAGCUCUCAAUGCUCCCCAGCUCCCAGUCCGUGCCAGCCCCGAGCUGGGACACCAUUGACUCUCGGCCCCUGCCCCCCUGGUAUGACCAAGCUAAGUUUGGCAUCUUUAUUCACUGGGGAGUGUUCUCAGUGCCCAGCUUCGGCAGUGAGUGGUUCUGGUACUACUGGCAGAAAGAGAAGUUGAAGCCCUAUGUUGAGUUUAUGGAGAAAAAUUAUCCUCCUGGAUUUACUUACGCAGACUUUGCCCCCAUGUUCUCUGCUUCCUUCUUCAACGCAACCGAAUGGGCUGAACUACUGAGUGCCUCAGGGGCCAAGUAUGUAGUUCUGACCUCUAAACACCAUGAAGGCUUUACGCUGUGGGGAUCAAAGUACUCAUGGAAUUGGAAUGCGGUUGACUCGGGUCCUCACCGUGACCUUGUUGGAGAGCUGGCCAUUGCAGUCAGAAACCAGACAAAGCUGAGAUUUGGCUUGUACCAUUCUCUCUUCGAAUGGUUUAACCCGGACUUCCUGGAAGAUGCUGCCAAUGUGUUCACAACCAACAAGUUCCCCACGACCAAAAGCUUACCUGAGCUGUACGAAAUUGUGAACAAAUACCAGCCAGAAAUCCUCUGGUCCGAUGGAGAUGGUAAUGCACCCGACACCUACUGGAACAGCACUGGCUUCCUGGAUUGGCUCUAUAACCACAGCCCAGUCGGGAAGACAGUUGUAACUAAUGACCGCUGGGGAUAUGGCACAAUCUGUAAACAUGGUGGAUACUAUACAUGUACUGAUCGCUAUAACCCAGGCCACCUGCUGGCCCACAAGUGGGAGAAUUGCAUGACCAUAGACCGGAAAUCCUGGGGAUACAGAAGAGACGCAAAACUCAGUGAUUAUCUUUCAAUAGAAGAACUGGUGAAGACCCUGGUUGAGACUGUCUCCUGUGGAGGGAACCUUUUGAUGAAUAUUGGCCCCACUCAUGAUGGACGCAUCCUCCCCAUCUUUGAGGAGCGGCUGAGGCAGACGGGGCAGUGGCUCCAAGUAAAUGGGGAAGCAAUAUAUGAUACAAAGACCUGGAGAGCGCAGAAUGACAGCAUCACUCCUGGAGUCUGGUAUACGUCCUCAGCAGAGAAAGGGGUGGUUUACGCAAUAUUCCUCACCUGGCCGAAACUGGGAUUUCUCACCCUUGGAGCUCCCCAAGUUACUACAGGAACAAAGGUAACCCUCAUUGGAUACUCCAAACCCCUGCAAUGGGAGAAGAUUGGAGAUCAGGGACUGGUGGUGCAAAUGCCUGAAGUCAGCAGUGAACAACUGCCCUGUCAAUGGGCCUGGAGCCUGAAACUCAGUGAUACAGCUUGAUGAGCUGAGCAGGGCCAAUUUACAGUUUUCAGUGAUUUCUACACUGUCUGGCUGUCUCACCAAUUGACACUCAGCAUUGCUUUGUGUUCUUGCUUGUUUUGUUUAAUUUUUUUAAUUUUGGAAAUGAGAAAUUUCAGUUCCUGAAAAAUGUUUUGGAUUGACCUGAUGUAGAAAGUGAUUUUGUUGGUGUGUGUCAAGGCUGAUGUAUGAUUAAUUACUUUUAAACAUUUUGCCCUUGUUCUUAUCUGUGAAGCUGUAAAACACCGAUGCUGUUUGAACUCGGUUCCAAACCAAAGAUGUUAGAAGCCAUCUGUCUGGUGAUUCUGUUGCUGCUUACCUUGAUGUGAGGUCUCCUGCCUUAGUUUGUAGUCAUUCAACGUGGGCCUGAUACAAGCAGGUGAAGGGCUAAUUGCAUUGUCUGGGUGCGUAAUCAUGGGUGAGUGCUAUGGUCAGAGGGAUUGGUGCUUUGGGGUGAAAUUUCAUCAUGAACAAUAGUUUAAAAUGAGUGAGUGUGGAUUGGCUGUUUGUUAUUGGCCUGCACAAUGCCCAGUGCCAUUCCCAGGAUGGUGUAUGACAGAUUACUUCAUGCCAAAUCAACGUGGUGUAAUUUGCACUCCAUUAAUUGCUGGUUCAGUAACUGCGUAAAUGAACAUCACAGAAUCCUUAUAGUGCAGAAAGAAGCCAUUCAACCUAUCAAGUCUGCACUGACCCUCUGAACAGUGUCACAGCCUCCACCCUAUCCCCACAUUUUCCUUGAUUAACCACCAAUCCUGCACCUCCCUGGAUACUACAGGCAAUUCAGCAUGGCCAAUGCACCUAACCUGCUCGUCUUUGGACUGUGGAAGGAAACUGGAGGAAAUUCACACAGACAUGGGGAGAACAUGCAAGCCCCAUGCAGACAGUCACCCAAGGCUGGGAUUGAACCCAGGUCCCUGCCGCUGUGAGGCAGUGAGUGCUAACCACUGAGCCACACAUAUAGCACUUUUUGUAAAUGCCCCAAUGUUCCAAGCACAAUCAGUAAAGACCUGGUGCCAAGUUGUAAACUGAGAUGUGAAGAUCAGCAAUAUGAAGACAAAGUGGAGAGCUGCGGGCUGGUAUUCCAAAUUCCAUUGCUCAGGCAGGAUCUGCACGGAAGACCAGAAUAAGGAGGAGUGCAGAGGGCUCAGAGGGUCGUGGGCUGAAGGAGAUUACAGAGAUAGAGCGAGGAAAGGCUGAGAAGGAAUUUGGAAACAAGGGUGAGGAUUUAAAACUGAGCUGUGCCAGACUGGAGGAGUGAUUGGAGAUGAUGGAGAACAGGACUUGGAGCAGGCUGGGAUACCGAUACCGAUAGCAGUGUUCCGGACAGAAGAUGAGCAUCCAGCCAGGCAAACAUUGGAAAAAUAAUCUCUGGAGCUGGGAAAAGAUAAAAUGUAGAUUUUAGCAGGAGGUGAGGUGAGGCAGGGAAGGACUUGGGAGUUGGAAAUUAUACAAAUUUUCAUGGAGAUUUGGUUGGAGUCAAAUUAAAUUAAAAUGAAUGCUGUGUAAAUAAAGUGUUUAGUUGUUAUCACUUUUGAACACAGGUAUUUUGUAACUGUGUUGGUUGUUUAAUGCUGUGGUUAAAAGUAAUUGAAAUCUGCAUUAUUUUAGGAGAUUAUAAAAAUGGGAUGCUACAUUGCACAGUGACCUCCCAAUUUAAAGAUUUGGACUGGUUUCACAUCCGAGUGCGUUUCUAUAAUCUGGGUAUAUCCCUGUUCUGAUAAUUGUCAGGGUUUGCCUUUAAGGAUUGUGUUGUUCUCAACAGUAAUUCAUAUUUGUAUCCUUCCUUUAAUGCAAUAAAAAAAGUA